UUAAUAUUGUGUACUCUUUUAGACUUCACGAAAACCUCGUGAAGAGAGAGAUGUAUCUCAGUGUGAAAGUGUGGCUUCCACUGUUUCUGCUCAGGAAGAUGAAGAUAUUGAAGCCUCCAAUGAAGAAGAAAAUCCAGAAGAUAGUGAAGGUGCUGAAAAUAGUUCUGAUACAGAAAGUGCUCCUUCUCCUUCACCAGUUGAAGCUGUCAAGCCCAGUGAAGACAGCAAUGAAAAUGCUGCUUCUCGAGGAACCACUGAACCUGUGGCUGAGCUCGAGUCCACCACUGACCCUGCACCCAGUACAUCUCCCUCCUCAGCAGUUGCAAGUACAAAACCAACUGAAAGUGAAAGUGUGGAGACCCAGGUGACUGACAGCAUCAGUGCUGAGACAGCGGAGCCAAUGGAUGUAGACCAUCAAGAGUGUGAUGCUGAAGCUAGUUCUGUUCUUGAUCCCCCAACCACUACCAAAGCAGAUUCUGUGGAUGUUGAAAUGCGGGUGCCCGAAAACUCUGUGUCUAAAGGUGAAGGAGAUACCAAAGAAAGAGACUUGGAGAGAGCAAGUGAGAAGAUUGAGCCUAGAGAUGAAGAUUUGGUGGUAGCUCAGCAGAUAAAUCCCCAAAGGCCUGAGCCCCAGUCAGACAAUGAUUCCAGUGCCACUUGUAGUGCUGAUGAAGAUGUGGAUGGAGAGCCUGAGAGACAGAGAAUGUUUCCUAUGGAUGCAAAGCCUUCAUUGUUAAACCCCACUGGAUCGAUACUAGUCUCAUCCCCAAUUAAACCAAAUCCGUUGGAUCUGCCACAGCUUCAGCAUCGAGCUGCUGUUAUCCCACCAAUGGUUUCCUGCACCCCAUGUAGUAUACCUAUUGGAACUCCUGUGAGUGGCUAUGCUCUCUACCAGCGACACAUUAAGGCAAUGCAUGAGUCAGCACUCCUGGAGGAACAGCGGCAGAGGCAAGAACAGAUAGAUUUGGAAUGUAGAAGUUCUACAAGUCCAUGUGGCACUUCCAAGAGUCCAAACAGAGAGUGGGAAGUCCUCCAACCUGCUCCACAUCAAGUGAUAACUAACCUCCCUGAAGGAGUUCGACUUCCAACAACUCGACCAACCAGGCCACCACCUCCUCUCAUCCCAUCCUCUAAAACCACAGUGGCAUCAGAAAAACCAUCUUUUAUAAUGGGAGGCUCCAUCUCACAGGUAACUUCUGUUGAAUAUUGCUUGGUAAAACUUCCCUCCUCACAGUAACUUGUCAGCAUACUAAUAAAUAAUAAUCUGAAUAUGGAACUUCCAGUGACAAGGACCAGAAAAUGUAUCAGUUGCUAUACUUCAUGCCACACCCAGGAAUUUUGAAUGACUUUUGUACCAGAUUGAGUGAUCAUGACAUACCAGCUGGUUUGAGUUACCAAAACCACAUAAUCGUUUAGUGUGAUAUAAAUUAAAAUGGAAUUCAUCUUCAUGUAAUAAGAUAUUUGGUGACUAUUUUAAAGACUCUAAAUAUUGUAAAUGGUUGGUAAUAUAGGAAAGCCCUAGUUUAUUCUGACUCUGGCCACUAAAUCUCUUUUCUGAUACAUUAUUUUUAUUUUUUUUAACUGAAAUACAGUCCAAUCUUAAUGUUUCAGUCAGUUUUGACAGGGUAUAGUAGUCAUACCCUGUCAGGUUCUCAAACAUGACCAUCACUUCAGAAAGUUUUCUCCUAUUCCUGCCUAAGCAGUUUUUCCUCCCAUGGCCUAAUGCAACCACUGCUCUACUUUCUGUCUUCAGAGAUUUGCCUUGCCUUUUAUGUAAUCAGUAGCUGAAAAGUACUCCAUUGUGUGAACAUACCAGUUUGUUUAUCCAUUCUCCUAUUGAGAGAAACCUGAGCUGUUUGUAAGUUUUGACUCUGAUAAAUAAAGAUGUUAUGAACAUUGUUGUACUAAGUUCUUUGUGAACAUAUGUUUUCAUUUCUCUUGUAUAAUACCUGGGAGUGGAAUUUCUAGAGUGGUCCUACAAUUUUACCCACCAGCAGCAGUAUAUGAGACCAAGACUUCUGGUCUUAACUAUUGCUCUGUUGACUGUUGUCUUUUUUAAUUUAGGCAUACUUAGUAGGUGUGUAGUAGUAUUUCAUUGUGGUUGUAUUUUGCAUUGCCCUAACAACAAAUUACACUGAGUACUUUCCCAUGUGCUCUGUGAAGUGACUGCUAGUUGAGCAUCUGUAAUCUGAAUAUCUGAAAUCCUUCAAAAUCCAAAACUUUGAGCACCAACAUGUUGUCAAAGAAGAAAAUCCCACACCUUACCUCAGGUGACAGAUUAUAGUCAAAUUGCAGUUGCACUAAAAAUAUUGUAUAAAGUUAUCUUUAGGCUAUGUGUGUAUGAAACAUAAAUGAAUUUGAUGUCUACAUUGAGUCCACAUCUCCAAAAUAUCUUAUUAUAUAUAUGUAAACAUUCUAAAAUUUGUAGAA